CUUUAUUUUUGAAAUAUAUGAGAAUAUAAGAAUAACAAAAGCAAUGUGAUUUAUAAUCGGCAAUCUAUAGUUUUAAAUAUACGAUUUUAAAUAAUUGAAGGCGGGUAAUUUUAAAAAUUCAAAUUAUUAAAAUAACAAUAAUGUAUUUUGGAAAGUCAUUUGGCGGAAUCACGAGACUUGUAAGUAAUUGUCCGUGCAAUAAAAUGAGUACAUUUAAAAAAUUGAGGUUAUGUAUGAUAAACAUGACAAUUCGUCGUCAUAUAAAUGCAAAAGUUAUGGAAAACUUGACUCUGGAUGAGGAGGGAAAAGUAAAGGUCAAGAUAGACCCGAAAGUUGAAGAGUUGAAGGACAAAUUAAUUUACUGCGACUAUAUUGAGAGACGUAAGUUGAAGUUUGGCUAUGGGAGGAAUAAAGAGAUUGAGGGUAAAUUUAAAAGAAGUAUUGAGAAUCAUAAAUUUGAUGAACUUGUAAACAAACCAGUUUAUAGUAUUGCUCUGAAGUAUCUACGGGAUGACAUGACAAGUGAUUCCGAAGAAAAGAAACCCGAAGAAAAUUCUGGAGAAGACACCAACAAGACGUGGAAGCCUAUUUACAUGCCUUACAAACCUACUGAUGAAUUUAAGCCGGUAGAUAUUGAGAAGGCGGAGGAGGAGAAACCGAUGCCUGUUUUAAAUGAACAGUUUAAAAAAUUGUACGAGUCAUAUUUGGAGGUAAAGGAAACUGACAGUACCACCAGACAAGUAAAACGGAUGGAAAAUAAAAUAUUUUCAACGGAUAUUCAUAGGCCUGUUGAUGAUUUGUCUGAUAUCCCGCCUGACUGGAUGACAGACUACGAGCAAUUCAAUGAAUUCACCGAAGAAGAGUCAUGGAAAUCGAAUUACGGUAAACCAAAUCCUGAUGCUCCUGUCAGUUCGAUUCCCUGUGGCGGCUGCGGCGCUUUGCUGCACUGUCAGGACUCAGCUAUACCGGGUUAUCUUCCUUCAGAAUUAUUCGUUGGGUUGAAAGACGAAGACUUAAAAAGUACUGUCUGUCAGCGGUGUCAUUUUAUGAAAUACUACAACGCGACUCUAGAAGUUAAAGUUUCUGCAGAAGAUUAUCCGAAAAUUCUUCGCAACAUCAAGUUGGAUGACAAAAAAGCUGCUGUCGUAUUAAUGAUUGACCUCAUGGAUUUCCCGUGCAGUAUUUGGCCCGAUUUGAAGUCUGUACUCGGUAAACAUACGCCGAUAUUUGCCGUUGGCAAUAAAGUAGACUUGUUGCCUCAAGACAGUCCCCAAUUUUUGCAAAACGUCGAAACCUCUUUGGUAGCCGCUCUUUCAAAAACUGGAUUGAAUCCUAAAAAUAUAAGACAUGUGGCUUUGAUCUCUGCCAAAACGGGCUACGGAAUCGAGAGAUUGAUCACUAAAUUACAGAGCUUGUGGGCAUACAAAGGCGACGUCUAUUUAAUUGGCUGUACCAACGUCGGUAAGUCGACGUUAUUCAACGCAUUUCUUCAGUCCGAUUACUGUAAAGUCCAAGCAGUCGAUUUAAUUCAACGGGCCACCGUUUCUCCAUGGCCUGGAACGACAUUGAAUUUAUUGAAAUUUCCAAUUCUCAAUCCAGUUAAAUGGAGACUUUACGAGCGGAUGAAGCGACGAAAAAUUCAGCAGAUGGAGGACCAUGUUGAGUCUCACCAUAGAAAACAAGAAGUUACUGCACUCAGAGACAUAACAUACGCGACUCUGCAAGAACGCAUUGGAAGAACUUUUACCAGAUUAACGACUACAGUGGGCAGUGCGAUGACUAAAUUUGAAGCAGCCAAAGCAUCUGGAAAGUUUGGUAUAAACGAAAACGACGAGUUUUACAAACACGGGCGUUGGUGCUACGAUACUCCAGGUGUAGUUCAUCCGGAUCAAGUGAUAAAUCUACUGACUACUGACGAAUUAUUGUUGACGUUACCACGACAAAUUAUAUCCCCACGUAGUUUUAUUUUUAAACCUGGGCAAACAUUGUUUCUAGCCGGACUAGGAAGACUUGAUCUAGUAACUGGACCUGCAUUCAUCAGAGUUACUGUAUUUGCAAGUAAAGAAUUGCCUAUUACUAUUUGUCGUACUGCUGACGCUAUUGAAGUUUAUGGUAAAUUACUUGAAACAGAAGCUUUAGUUGUGCCGACCAAUGAUCCGGAGAGAUUAAAAAUAUGGCCGCAGUUUAAAUCAAAAGACUUUACUAUCGCGGGAAAAAGUGAAGACGAAUCUGCAGCUGAUAUUCUUUUGUCGAGUGCAGGGUGGAUUUCAAUUACUCCCAAUGAAGGUGAAGAAGUUACAAUGAAAGCUUGGACACCAGAAGGACGAGGAAUUCAUCUCCGUACUCCAGCAUUGCUCGCUAACUCUAUAAAACUCCGCGGUCCGCGUAUUAAAUCAAGCGCGGCUUAUAGAUGCGGCCGUCAAGUUUACAUCAAGGUAUAAAAAUAUGUUAAUAAAGAAAAAAA